UCUCAGGCGUCUUGGUCCUCUCCUGGUACCCGCCUGGCAUGGCUGAUGAUAAUGGGGAGCCCUCAGAUGACCUGGUACCUGCCAUUCUGGACACUGCCCAUCAGCACAACAUCCAGGUGGCCUUCCACAUCCAACCCUACAAGGGCCGGGAUGACAUCACUGUACAUGACAACAUCAAGUACAUCAUUGACACGUAUGGCUCUCAUGGUGCGUUUUACCGCUACAAGAACAGCAUGGGCAAGAGCCUCCCACUCUUUUAUAUCUACGAUUCAUACCUGACGUCUCCUGAGGCCUGGGCCCACCUCCUAACACCUAACGGGCCCCAUUCGAUUCGCAACUCCCCCUAUGAUGGGGUCUUCAUAGCACUGUUGGUGGAGGAGGGCCACACCCACGACAUCCUGGCUGCAGGAUUUGAUGGCAUGUACACCUAUUUUGCCUCCAAUGGUUUCUCCUUUGGCUCCUCCCAUCAGAACUGGAAAGCUGUGAAGAACUUUUGUGAUGCCAACAACCUCAUGUUCAUUCCCAGUGUUGGGCCUGGCUAUAUUGACACCAGCAUUAGGCCUUGGAACAACCACAAUACACGGAACAGGGUCAAUGGGAAGUACUAUGAGACAGCCUUGCAGGCUGCCCUGAGUGUGAGGCCUGAGAUUGUUUCCAUCACCUCCUUCAAUGAAUGGCACGAGGGCACACAGAUUGAGAAGGCCGUUCCAAAGAAGACACCAGCUCGCCUGUAUUUAGAUUACCUGCCUCAUCAACCCAGUCUGUAUCUGCAGCUGACUCGCCGAUGGGCGGAGCACUUCAUCAAGGAGAAGGAGCAGUGGCUGAUGUGAGGGGCUGACAUUCAAAACUCAGUAGAGGAUAGCAUUGUGUGGGUUCACUCACUGGUUCCCAGAAUAAAACAGUUGGGUGCUUCUUG